AUCACAGUCUAAAUAGGAUUAGUAAUGAUUGCUAAAUGUGUUUAUAUGUUAUUAAUAGUUAUAAGUGUUAUCUCGUAUUGACUAACAUUUGUCAUACAAUUGUUGAUUACUUUAAGUAUGCAAUGAUUGUUGUGUUUGUUAUAURWUAGACAUUAUUGGAUCAGUUUGUGUGAUAGUUAGUGAUAAUUAUAUUGAUGGCUAAAGUGUAUUGUUGGGGCAAUACAUCUAACGGUGAGUUAGGUUUGGGUGGUAUAGAGGACGAGCACAUCCUAUUGCCGCGCAAACAGAAACUAGUGGUCGAUCGCCGCAAAUACUCAUUAAGACAACUGUCCUCCGGUCGCAAYCAUACACUGGUUCUCCUUCACAAUCACAUACACGAUACGAGUCUUUUACUGAGCUGUGGAUCMAAUGAGAGACACCAAUUGGGUCGCGAAGGCAGUUGGCGUCGGCUUGAAGUGAUUGAUGCGCUCAGUCAUCAUGUGGUAACUCAAGUAUGCUGUGGAGCCAACCAUUCACUUGCUCUGACCACUGCUGGCCAGAUAUUUAGUUGGGGAUGCAAUUUGUUUGGACAGUUAGGUAUUGGUAAUAAUGUGGACGAAUCGGUKGACAAACCAUCACUAGUCAAGCGAUUGGCCGCUGAAUGUAUUGUUCAGAUUGUUUGCGGUGGCAAUCAUAGUCUGGCACUCACUAAAAAUGGUAUCUUAUACUCGUGGGGUUCAAAUGCUUUCGGACAGUUAGGAAAUGGUCAGAAAGGCAAUUGUGAGAACAGUCCAAUUGAGAUCCAAUUGUUGCGAUCGGUUCCCAUUCGUCAGUUGUCUUGCGGUGGUUCUCAUUCAGCCGUCUUGUCCUAUACGGGGGCCUUAUAUAUGUGGGGAAAGAACGAGUUCGGACAGUUAGGUCUUAACGAUUUGCAAAAUAGAUGUCUUCCAACAAUUCAAACAACUCUUCGUUCACAACGGAUAUCAUUUAUUAAUUGUGGUGACGAACAUUCAGUUGCGUUGACCGCUGAUGGCGGACUUUUUUCAUGGGGAGCUGGUAUGUAUGGUCAGUUGGGUCACGCAAAAAAUAACAACGAAAUACUUCCCCGACGUGUAUUUGAACUGAUGGGCAAUACUGUUACACAAGUAUCGUGCGGACGAUGCCAUACAUUAGCAUCAGUUGAACCGAGUGGUAGAGUGUAUUCAUUUGGUCUCAAUGGUUCCGGACAACUCGGUAUUGGUACUCAAGUAAGCAAAAGUGUGCCAAACAGUGUUAUGGGAAAGUGGAUUGAAUUAGGCGUCAAAGAUAUUUCACUGAGAAAUAUGUCCGGAUCUGUAUUGCCUGUUACUAAACACAAGUCAUUUCCUUCACCGACUGUCACUCCUAAAAGAUCACAGACUCCGACCAAAGAUAUUGAUAUUGAAAACUAUGUUCGCGACGACCAAAUGUCUAUCGAGGAGUUUUCCGAUGGAGAUGAAACUGAAGCAGAUCUAUCAUCAGACGAAAUGGCUAUUAUUGAAGAACCUGAAGAYAUUAAUAAAAUUUGUGAUUACCGUAAACCAGAAUUCAUUUGCACCGAUAASGGUAUUGUUUCCACAAAUGCAGACUCUUUACAAAUUGAUGAAUACAUUUCGGAUCCCGACUCCGAUACACAACUUAAUACUGAACGCCAACAACUAGUCCUUAAAGAGAUUAUUGCCUCAAAAGGAGAUCAAAGUUUUGUUUUAGUCGUCCGACUUUCUGAUAGAAACCGUCCGUUGGAUUUCAGAUAUAACUAUCGUUUUGAAGAGAUAUACAAAUUAGAUAAUAAUAAACUAAAAGAGUUAAAUGAAUCACUUGAAGGCGAAAAAAUACMGACGGAUGACAUCGAGUAUAUCGAAAAUGCUUUGACAUCAGUCUCGUGUUGGAACUCCAGUUAUAUUGAUUUAAAUACAAAAUCAGAAACUUUAUUACCAGCCAUUGACUGGGAAUCGGCACAAAAAGGCUUCAAUUUCAUCGAGAAAACAAAGAACAGUCGUAUUCAAGAACUUAUUUAUCAAUCAAUACUUAAAUUAAUACCUAAUUUGCCGAAUAUUUACGAUGAAAAUAGUUUAGAUCCAGAAGUUCUUCGAAUAUAUUUAUUGUUACCAUUGUUUCACUUAUUUAAAACUGGAUAUAAAGAUAGAGAUAUAAUGAGACAAUUAGUCGCCGGAUAUUUGCGAUCAGUUCUUCGUUUAAAUGAUUUUGCUUUAAAUGCUAUUAAGGAGUGGUUUUCACGAUUAGAUGAAAAAUUAUUCAAACAGUUUAUUCAAAACGUUAAAAAUUAUGUCAAAGAACUCUUAGACAUUCAGGAUAAACAAAAUAUAGGAAAUGAAAACAAUGAAAGACAUGAAAUCGAUGCCACACUUCAUGAGUGUUUAGGUCUGAGUCUUGAGUUUAUGGCAAUAMUGAAUAAAGUUAACGAAAAACAUAAUAUUAUCUCUUAUAAGGAGUUCUAUAUCGAAGGUAUUAGUGAUCACUUUAAUGUUGGAUUAGAUUACAAGAACUGGCUCGAGACCCGAUUYCAUUAUAGCCGUCAAACUCAUGGCCGCAAAGCUUUAUUUUUAUGUGAUUUUGCAUUUAUAUUUGACCCGCCGGCCAAAACUGAAAUAUUGGCCGCCGAUUCACAACUACAGCAAAGCGAUGCCGCCAUCAGCACAAUGAUGAACCCGAUUUUGUUUGGAAACACUAUAUUAAUAGGAAAUCCAUAUUUAGUGUUAACUGUUAGUCGCAAUUCAAUACUUCACGAAACUAUCAAUUAUUUAGUGUUUAGAAAUCAAAAUCCCAGAGAUUUCAAGAAACCUUUGAAAGUUAAUUUUGAAGGCGAAGAGGGAGUGGACGCCGGCAUUGGUAUGAAAAAAGAGUUCUUUUUAUUACUUAUGAAAGAAGUAUUGGACAAAAAAUAUGGUAUGUUUUGUGAAUACAUUGAAACCAACACUAUUUGGUUCAAUCCGGGAGAAGUACACGACAGCGACGAUUUAGUUAUGUAUCAUUUAAUUGGUAUCAUCUGUGGUCUGGCCAUCUAUAAUCAAGUUAUCAUAUACUUGCCGUUCCCACUCAUUCUCUAUAAGAAACUAUUGAAUGAACCGCUAGAAUUGGAUGAUCUAAAUUCAUUGGAUCCAGUAUUGACCAAAAGUCUUAAAGAUAUUGAAGACACAACUUAUAAUGAAAACGAGUUUAAUGCCAUUUACGGUGAUAUGAAUUUCACAAUCACUUUAAACCGAUACGACUUUCCUGUUGAAUAUGAGUUGGAAAAAGGGGGYAAAAAUAAAAUAUUAAAUUACAAGAAUCGCAAAGAUUAUGUCAAACUCUACUGGAAUUAUAUAUUGAAUGAAUCGGUGAAAAUGCAGUUUAAAGAGUUUAAGGAAGGCUUCUAUAAAGUAUUGUCGACGACAAACAAAGACGGCAAUCAAGACUCUGGUAUUAUGUCACUGUUUCGCGCUGAAGAACUCAUGCAACUCAUCACUGGUCAAGAAGUGAUUGAUUGGAAACUUAUGGAAACUCAUUCAACCAAAUAUAAAGAGCCAUUUAAUAGUCAACACCAGACUAUCAAAAUGUUUUGGAAAGUAUUUCAUUCGUUAACAAACACCGAAAAAAAGAAAUUUCUUUUAUUCCUCACUGGAAGCGAUAGAAUACCUAUUCUUGGAAUGAAAGCCGUAAAUAUUAUAAUACAGCCAAUGAAGACCAGCGAAGAGCAUUUACCGGUGUCUCACACGUGCUUUAAUGUAUUGGAUUUACCCGAAAAUUAUUCAUCUGAAGACAAAUUAAGACAAAAACUACUUCUAGCUAUUGAACACAUCCAUAGYUUCACUUUAGCAUAAAAACAACACUUGAGAAUCGCAUUAAUAAUAUAUUGCCGUAUUUGCCUUAAUUAUAGUACGUUAAG